GCACAAUCCGAACUUCACAAGUUCUGGACAGAGAGACGGCCCCUCACUACUGGCUUACGGUCAUCGCUCAGGACCGAGCCUUGGUGCCCCAGUUUGCACGCCUCGAAGUUCUCAUUGAGGUCAUCGACGUCAACGAGAAGAUUCCAUUGAGUCUGGAACCGGCUUACUAUGCUUCUGUGGAGGAAAACAACAGCAUCAUUAAGAACGUUGUGCAGAUUCAAGCCACGGAUGGCGACGAUGACGGCUCGCAACCCUUACUGUUUUCAAUUACCAGCGGCAAUCCUCAGAACUUUUUUACUAUCGACCCUAACACCG